AUGCCUGGCUCACCCGCUUCUUCCUGGGCCGUCUAUCGUGCGCGCUUCAAGGCUGCCUUCCACGGCGCUGAUGCACGCGUAUGCGCCGCCUUCUGGUUGUUCGGCCUCAUUAACAACGUCCUCUACGUAAUCAUCCUCUCCGCUGCCCUCGAUCUUGUCGGCCCAAAUGUUCCCAAAGGCGCCGUACUCCUAGCCGAUGUCAUCCCUUCGUUCCUGACAAAACUAUGCGCCCCGUACUUUAUCCACAAGAUUCCAUACAAUGUCCGCAUCCUCGUAUUCGUCUCUCUCUCAGCAUGCGGCAUGCUCAUCAUCGCCCUUACCCCGCCCCUGCAGGACUCGAGGACAAUCGCUAUCAAGAUGUGUGGAGUGAUGCUUGCCAGUCUGAGCAGUGGAGGUGGUGAACUGAGCUUCCUUGGCCUGACACAUUACUACGGACACUUUGCUCUGGCUUCGUGGGGCUCAGGCACUGGAGGCGCCGGCCUGAUAGGCGCUGGAGCCUAUGCCAUUGCCACCAACACGCUCGGCAUCACUCCUCGCACAAGUCUACUAGUCUUUUCUUUCUUGCCGCUAAUCAUGGUGUUGAGUUUCUUCGUUAUCCUUCCGCUUGGCCCACUGCGUGCUGGUGCCCAGAAACACGGUGGUUAUGAAGCCAUUGAUAACCAAGGCGACGAUGAGGAAGAGGAAGUUGCCCAGGCGCAAGAACAUGACGACCUGCUGUCUUCCUCCAUGCACUCGGCUUCUGGGCGCAGCUUCACCUCUGUCAAUAACAAGGGUGCUAACAGUGCCCUGAGUAGCUUCCGAGCGAAUAUCAACCGGGCGCGAGGAUUGUUCUUUCCAUACAUGCUGCCCCUCCUCCUCGUUUACAUUGCCGAGUACACCAUCAACCAAGGCGUCGCACCUACCUUGUUAUUUCCUCUCGAAUCAUCUCCCUUUGACGAAUACCGCUCCUUCUACAGCACGUACAACGCCAUCUACCAGGUUGGUGUUUUCAUCUCGCGCUCCUCCACACCCUUCAUCCGCAUACACCACCUCUACGUCCCGUCAUUUCUUCAAGUCGCCAAUCUCAUUGUUCUCGCGCUGCACGCCAUGUUCAACUUCAUUCCGAGCUACUACAUUGUAUGCGUCAUCAUGUUCUGGGAAGGCCUGUUAGGCGGACUGGUCUAUGUCAGCACCUUUGCAGAGAUUACGGACAACGUACCGAAAGAGGAUAGGGAGUUCAGCCUGGGCGCGACUAGUGUGAGUGAUUCUGGAGGUAUAUGCAUCGCUGGAUUUCUGGGCAUGGCCGUUGAGACUGGACUCAAAGGCAUAGAUGAGAGCACCGUAAUCGUGAAGGAUUGGCCUAGGCUGAAUGAGUUGAUCAAGGGCGUCAAGCAGAGGCAGUUUGCGGACUACCUGAAGGAGAAUCCUUUGGAGCUUGUUAGCAUUACCGAUGGUCUGGGUCCCUGGGAGAUAGAGUGGGAUGAGAUGUAUGAGGAGUGUGUGGGUUGUCAGGAAGGUGGGGAGUGCGAGGAAGACGAGGAAGAUGAGGAAGAUGAGGAAGUGGACAUGGACGUGGACGUGGAUGUGGGCACAUAUGUCUUCAUUCAGGUGGACGUAGACAGCGCCGUCGAUGCCGCUGUCUACUCCGACGAUGGCGAUGCCAUGGACGUCGACGACAAGGUCAGCUUCAAACCUUGUGUUGGAAGGCAGUAUGUUUGGCAAGCGUAG